AUGAGGUUUGAAGAACGACUACAGCAACUGGUGGCAGAGGAGUGGGGUCCGGAACAGUCAGACGCAGAAGUGCUGGUGAUAGUCCUGGGAGACGCCGCCAGGAAGUACGUGGAAUCUGGAGCGCUGCGGGAGCACGUGAUCCCAAAGACGAUCGCAGGUCACGUGGCCAGCCGUGGGCGGGUAGCCGUUGUGUUUCUCGGGCGGGUAAAGUACCUCUACAUGUAUCUCACCCGGAUGCAGGCGCAGGCACGUGCUCCGCGGUACUCGCACGUGCUCGUUUACGGCCUGUGGGACCUCACCGCGACCCAGGACGGCCCACGGCAACUGCGACUGCUCAGCCUGGUGCUGUGCCAGUGUCUAAAUCUGCCCUCUAAGGUCGAGUUCUACCCAGAACCGCCUGUAGCCAGCGUGGCUGCGCGGCUGCUGCAGUACUGGAGGCACGUGAUGGGGUAG